AAAAGGGAUCCGCUGAUAGCCGGAGGGAAGACGUUGUAAGAAGGAUCGAUGACAAUGAACUGACUACUUGUCGUAAGUGAACAAGAUGAAGGUCGCUUCUCUUCUCCUCGUACCCUUGGUUUACUAUGGACCUGCUCUAUGUGGUCAUGGGUUACCGAUCGCGCCACCCUUUCAGCAUCGAUCUUUUCUGAGCAGUCACGUUCCGACGAAACAGGAGCACAUCCGGGACCAAAUUUAUGAUUCACUCAUAGUUGGAGGCUGUUAAUCCUAAUUCGCUUUAGCUUUUCUACCUGUCAGUGGGCUGAUGAUGAGUAAUAUCAACGUGGCCCAGGGGGUUCUUCUAACCUACUUGUACAUGUACUUACUUGCUUAUCCGGAAGACCAUCUUCAGCACAAUUACAAUAGCAAUACGCCUUCAUCAUCUAAAAGCUCAGUUCCAGUAUCGCAGCUGCUCUGGAUGCAGAAGAGCUUUACACGAAGUGGCUGACCAGUGACGAUGGAAAGCAGCAGGCCAAAGACCAGAAGAGCGAUGACCCAGCACCACCAGAGUGGCUGUUAUCCACGAUGGCCCAAAAACGAAAGCUGAUGAAAAGAGAACGAAUCUCUUCCACACGUGGGAGGAAGGAGCUUCGCGAGAGGACUGUCACUGCUAAAGGGAACCAUCCUCACGAAAAAAAUAGUAUCAUCAAAAAUGGUGCACCAUACGAAGAGGUUUCGCGAUUUACCAAGCCGAAUGCUCCUGCGUGUGUGGGCGUCGAACGCUUCGAUGAACAGCAAAAGGAGGAUAGUAACGAACCGGCACUGCAUAUCUGUCCGAUGUCUCCGAAAAAGAACUCUGCCUGCACAGUGUUGUCGUUUGGGAUUGCUUACUUAUGAAAACUUGGACGAAAUGAUGAAUCAGGAAAUGCCAUGUACCUUUUCGGUCUAGCUUCAGUUCCUCCACUCAUCGUAGUCUUCCGCGUCAAACUACCUCAUUCAAACUCCCUCUUUCAUACUCCGACUUCACGAUCGAUAAGCAUUUCCUUUCCAAGGGCUGCCACGUCUGGAGCUUCGAUCCGAGUAUGAGAAAAACCGCUGGCGACUACUCUUUGGGCAGCAAUCAUAAUUAUGGUGUACGAGUUCUCACUUGAUGGUCUUGUAACAAUGUUUAUGCUUUACAGUUUACGAGGCUAUUCAAUAAUUCCAAUCCACCUUUGAUGUAGUUUUGCUUCUGUUGUGAUUCAGCUAAGAAUGAAAGCAAGAACUUGAACUUUGCGAUCUUACACAGCGUAGAUAUAUGCCCCAAAAGAUACAUAGUCAUAGAGGAUCUUCAUACUCUAAUUUCCGUUUUCCUACAUCGGUAUCGGCUCGUCCGAUGGCAGGCACAUGGGUGCUAGUACUCUCUACGGCGGCGCAACGUCGUACCCAGUGAAGUCACUGCCUACGAUCAUGCGAGAGCUGGGUCUCGAGUUUGUCGACGUGGUGCGAUUGGAUACGGAGUAUGGCUUGGUCUGAAGAUUUUACAACUGACUGAAACUCCUUGUAAUAUAGUUUGAGAGUGACUACUUGAUGUACUUAACUGUUUGUCAACAAAGGCAAAGUUCUGUUUGAAGAGAUAUAAAGAUCUUGGCCUUCUUCGGUUCAACGCAUUUUCAAAGGUAAAGUUAGUAGAGACAAGUAGGUAACCAAUACUUCUUCUAUUUGUUCUAACCACCGGGUGCCGAAUACGAAGUGUUUCCAGAAUGGCGACGCGACGGCAUUCCUGGUCGCAUCGGCCAACUCCUUGUCGAGAUCCACUGGAUGAACCGACAACCUUUGGCGAUGUUCAGAGCUGCAGAAGCCAUGCGAUGUGACUUUGCCGAGAACGCGAAAGCCGAGAACGCGAAGAAGGAUACCUGUUUCGAGAAAGUGCCGUUUACGGAAAGAAACCGCCAUGAUCCGACGGGUGGCGUGUGGGAGUUUACGAUGAUACACUAGAGGUAGAGGAAGGGAACAUGUUGGGUGUCGUGUUACAUAAUGCGCUGAAUGAGAGGAACGCAUUAGUUGCACAGGAAAACGUUUUCUAGAUAUUCUUGUACAGGAUUCAAUCUACUUUCAUCUUGUUUCUUUUUUCCAUCUUAUGUUUCUUUGAAGUUUAACGAACCAAUCAGGUGGAAUUUGCCCGCGUCAACUGCUCAUAGCACUCGAUGUGAGCCGCUCUUUCUAU